AUGAACUUGGCUUCCGUUGUUUUCCACAGCAAAGAUCAAUCGACGACUGCUUCUCUGAACAAGCAGAUUGAAAUGUAUGGGCGAUGCGGGGACCUCGCACACGCGAGACAAAUCUUCCAUGCAAUUGCCCACAAGGACGAUUUCUCGUGGGUGAUGAUGUUCCAUGCCUUGUCUCGAAAUGGCUGUCUUAUAGACGCUAAGAAUCUAUUUGACUCCAUUCCAGAAGAAAACUGCACUGUCGUCGCUUGGAAUUCGAUGCUCUCGACAUAUGCCCGUAACGGGCAUCUGGAUCAGGCAAAAGCUCUCUUUGACCAAAUGCCGGCGUGGGAUAUAAUCUCGUGGAAUACAAUCCUCUCAUUGUUUUCCACAAUUGAGGAGUGCUUCGAUAAAGCCAAAAAAUGUUUUGACGAGAUGGGCGAGCGGGAUCUUGUCUCCUGGACUGUGAUGCUCAACGCAAAUGCCAAGCACGGGCAUUUGGAGGAUACGGAGAAGCUGUUCUUUCAGAUGCCACAGAGGAAUCUCGUGUCGUGGACGGUGAUGCUCGUGGCAUACUCCGAGAAUGCAAUUGUGUCUUUUGCAAAGAGUUUCUUUGAUGGAAUGCCACAGCACGACGAGAUCGCAUGGAGCGCCUUGGUAGCAGUGUAUGCCCGAGCUGGGGAUUUUGUUCGCGCCAAGCAAUCUCUGGAUGCAAUGCCCUGUGUCACAACCACGGCACUCAACGCGAUCUUGAGCUCGGGAAGCCUGGAGCUCGCGAGAUCCUUGUUUGAUGCCAUGCCUGGCUGGGAUCUAGCGUCCCUGAACGCGAUGCUCGCGGCUCUAGCGCGCGGUGGAGCGAUCGACGAGGCACAGAGCUUCUUCUCGCGGAUGCCGCAGAUCAAUCUCGUCUCCUGCACGAUUUUGAUAGCCAGCUUCGCCGAGAUUGGAGAUCUGGACAGGGCGGCGUGGAUCUUUCACGAGAGGAUGCCGCGGCACGACACCAUCGCAUGGAACACGAUGCUCAGUGCGUUCGCUUUGAACGGGUAUAUGGAAGAAGCAAAGGAAAUGUUUGAUCGAUGCCCGUACGCUAGAGAUCUCUUCUCGUACAACACUGUUCUUGCGGGAAUUGCAACCGAUAUUGUGCUGUGUGAGAUAUUCUUUUCUAGAAUGCCCAGAUGUGAUCUCGUGUCCUGGAAUACACUUCUGUCAGCAUAUGCCGAAUGUGGGCAUCUUUGUUCUUGUCAAUCUGUCUUUGAGGCUAUGCCUGAGAAGGAUCAAGUCUCGUGGAACACAAUGCUAGGAGCUAUCUUGCAAAUUGGAGACUUGACAAUAUCAAAGUCUUUCUUCUUUCAAAUGCCUCUUAAGAACACUUUCUCCUGGAAUUCUUUAAUCUCAGCAUUUGCUCUCAACGGGGAUCUUGAACGAGCUAAGACCCUUUUCGAUCAAAUGCCGCUGGGCAGCGAUCAGGCGUCCUUGAGUGGCUACCUUGCAGGAACUGCCAGAUCAAAGCUCUUCAAUCCUUCCACCUUUGAGAUCUUCCACAGCGUCGCACUGGUGCACGGAGAGAUCAACGAGGACUCCUCGCAUUUCUUCGAGUCAGCGCUCAUCACUUGCAGCCGGAGCGGUAAGAUCUCCACUGCACGAAGAUGGUUCCUCUCGAUGAUCGUGGAUCACGGCACAAGACCCUGCAAGCAUCACUACUGCUGCAUGGUCGAUCUUCUCGCGAGAAGCCAGUGCCUCGCGACCUUAGCAGAGAACCUUGUCCUCAACAUGCCAUUUCAGCCGGAUUGCAUGGAGUGGACGUGCUUGCAUGGAGUGGAAGUUCACAAGAAAGAAUCUGGCAGUGUGGCGCUUUACAAGUUCCUGACCGAGCGGCUGAGCCAUCAACAGAGUUUUCUUCGCGAAUUUCUCUCCGCAGCAGUCACGAUGCACUUCAACUACUUGAUCAUACCGCUGCCGAUCCUGGCUCUUCUCGUCAUCGUCGUGGGUAUCUGCUGCUACUGCCUCGGAAGACGCCAAUACUAG